AUGCCUCGCACUGGUCAUCACCCUCCUGAUCUGCCACGGGAGUCUUCGCCCGCGGAGUCUCCAGAUGCUGAGGCUCCAGGUGUCUCCUCUACUUCCUCGUCUGCUGAAAGCUCACCAUUGAUCCUCUACCGGCCUCUUGGUAUCUGGCAUGUUGUUCGUGGGGCCGCUAUCAACUUGGUGCUGCCAUUCAUGAACGGUCUCAUGCUCGGCUUCGGUGAGCUCUUCGCCCAUGAAGUAGCUUAUCGAUUGGGCUGGUCUAACACGCGGGUGCUCCCAACCUGGCGCCGAGCUCGUCCUAUGGGCCCUGGAGUCGAGGUCCAGGGAGGCUCGCGCCGAACCUGGGCUGCUGGCCUUUAA